GUCCUCAGCUACCUGUAGUAGCCAUCAUGUCACGGCUCCUGCUUUCUGUUCUCUGGCUCAUGGUUCAAACACAAGCCAUGGUCAUAAAUCAAACUCCUGGAAUAAAGCUCUCUGAGGUAGUUUAUCCUAAACUACUGCACAUUUCACACGAAGGAGGGAUGGAAAACAACCACACUAAGAGGCAAGGCAAAGAGGAAAUAUAUGCACCUGAAGUUCAGUAUCAGAUUAUCUUAAACGGUGAAGAAAUCAUCCUCCACCUGCAAAAAACCAGGCAUCUCCUGGGGCCAGACUACACCGAAACAUAUUACUCAUCUGCCGGGGAGGAAAUCACCAGACGCUCUCAGAGCAUGAAACACUGUUACUAUGAAGGUCACAUCCUAAAUGAAAAGGAUUCUGUUGCCAGCAUUAGUACCUGUGAUGGGUUGAGAGGACACUUCACACACCGUGGCCAAAGAUACCUGAUAAAACCUGGGAAAAGCACAGACCGGGGAGAACAUGCUGUUUUUACGAACAACCAGGAAGAACUAGACACAGCGAAUCACACUUGUGGCACGAGAACUGUUGGCAGGAGACAAGGCCAUAUUCGAACUUUCAGGUCCCUCAAAAACCCAGAGCAAGAAGACAUUCUUCAGGCCCAGAAAGUCAUCAAUCUCUUUUUGGUGCUGGAUAACGCCUUUUAUAAGAUGUACCAGGGGAAUCUAACUGUGAUGAGAAGCUUUGUGUUCGAUGUGAUGAAUCUCCUCAAUGUGAUUUAUAAAACUAUACAUGUUCGUGUGGCCUUGGUCGGUAUGGAGAUCUGGUCAGAUAAUGAUAAGAUAAAAGUGGUCCCCAACAUUGGUGAAACCUUCAAGAACUUCAUGAGUUGGCAUCGUUCUAACCUGGGCAAGAAGAAGAUCCACGACCAUGCGCAGCUCCUCAGUGGGAUUGGCUUCAAUAAUCGCCGCGUGGGAAUGGCAGCCUCCAAUUCCCUGUGCUCCGCGUCUUCGGUUGCUGUUAUUGAGGCUAAAAGAAAGAAUAAUGUGGCUCUUGUAGGUGUGAUGUCACAUGAGUUGGGCCAUGUUCUCGGCAUGCCUGAUCUUUCAUACACCGUCAAGUGCCCCUCAGGAAGUUGUGUGAUGGGUCAAUAUCUGAGUUCAAAAUUCCCAAAGGAUUUCAGUUCAUCCUGCCUCUCAUAUUUUCAAAAAUACCUUUCCUCUCAAAAACCAAAGUGCAUAAUGCAAGCACCUCUACCUGCAAAUAUAAUAACAGAACCUGUGUGUGGGAACCAACUUCUAGAGGUGGGAGAAGACUGUGACUGUGGCUCUCCUAAGGAAUGCAAGGAUCGCUGCUGCGAGGCCAGCACUUGCCAACUGAAACUUGGACCUGAGUGUGGAGAAGAGGCUCCCAACCCUAACACAUCCUGAAUCAAAGAGUCUACUUCAUUGAGAGGUUGCUUUGCCAAGACAAGAAUCAAGAACCCUUACCAGGAGUCUUAUAUAUUUUCACCUUUGUACCUAGAUGUACAUGCAGCUUCCAUAUUCUGGGUACUGCAUUUGUAGAUUCAAUCAACCAGUGAUGAAAAAUAUUUGGAAAAAAUAGUUGCACCUAUGCUGAGCAUAUAGACUGUUGUUCUUGUUGUUAUUCCCUAAGCUAUACAGUAUAAAUAGACCUUCUGACAUAGCGUCUAUAUUGAAUGAGGUAUGAAAGUCAUCUAGAGGUCAUUGAAAGUUUAUGGGAGAAUGUGUGCUGGCUAUAUGCAAAUACUGUGCCAUUUUACAUAAGGGACUUUGAGCACCCAUGGAUUUGGGUGUCCCUGGAGGUCCUGGGAUCAGUCUCCAGGGGAUUUGUUCUUCUUUUGUGAUUCUACUUUGUAUGUUUACCCAUCCAGUCAUCAGAUAAAUGGAUGUACUUGGAGAAGUUUCCUAUCUACUUAGACCUAAUCUUCAAUGCAUUUCCAAGGACCAUGAAGCUGUGGCUUGGCUUUGCCCUUUGGAGAACAAAAAGAAAUUAUCCUUUGACCAAAGUACUUCAAAAUGUACUACUGAAUUAUUCAGAGUCAAUCCAAAAUUGUAAAAUUACAAGUGACUUGACCUUAACCUUACUUGUCCUUGACUCAUGAAAAAGUCACACCCCCUAGGGGGUGCAGGCUCUCAAGUAGCAGAGAACAGAGGAGAGCUCAGGGGUCUUGUCACUGCUCAGCGUGCACCCUGCUGUACUCUUGUUAGUGUGAUGUUUUGCUACUUCAUGGGAAGAUUAAUUAAAUAUAAACAUUUCUUAUUUUAGUGAGGUAUAAUCCUUCAUGCAUCUCUUUCACCAUUAAAUUCAAAGUUUAAUUGGAGAAGACCCUUUCUUACAUGUCAAUGGAGAGUAGAAGGAAGGCUUCAUUCAUCUAUUCAUUUAAUAAACGGUAGUAUCAAUAAAAA